AUGGCUACGUACACAGUAACUCUCAAUGGCUCCGCACCAUGGGGUUUCAGACUACAAGGAGGAAAAGACUUCAAUAUGCCACUUACCGUCUCCAGGGUAAGACACUACACACUUAAAGCUUUUCCUGUGUUAGAGAAAUAGUGCUUAUGGUUCAUUGGUGUGUAUGGGUGUGUGUGUGUGUGCUAAACGUGUGUGCGUGCGUGUAAGUGUGUCUUAUGUAAUGAUGUAAUGAUUGAUGACAGAUGACGAGGGGUGAGGAAUGACCUGCCAGCAAGAGUUCUAGAAUACACUUCUCUCCCUAUCUAUCACACCCCUCUCUCUCUCCUUCGUUAUCACCCCCCCCCCCCCCCCCCCCCCCCUCUUUCUAUCUAGACCUGUUGCUGUAGUUGUGUGUUGUGGUGUGUGUUGUUGCACUUGGCAGCUACUAUGAUGUAUUUCAAGUGGAUAUGGAAAUAGCAAAUAGCAGUAGGGGGAGGAAAGAAGGAUGACAAGGGAGAGCGCAUCAGAGAGGGAGAGAGAGGAGGAGAGGUGCGAUCAUAUGAAAAGCUGUGUGUUACCUAAAGCAUCCUGCUGGGCCUCUCAGAUGCCAAGUGUGUCCCUAAAGAAAUCCUCUGUUGUCACCCUCUCCUCCCUUUGUCCAUCUCUGGUCUUCUUACUACCUCUGGUCAGGUCUGGAGAAAAACAAAGGUACAUAAUGGUUGGCCCAAUUUCUCCGACCUGCUGUCUGCUUUGGAGCUGUGAACUCCCAGUCAUCUCAACUCUGUCUGUAGUCUGCAGCAGCUACCUGAAGCUGUAUGAGGAGAGAGUGUGAUCUCUGGAUAGUCUGAUCUCUCCUCAUUACUGUAAUGAUUUAGCAGAUGUGAGGUACAGAGCUAGCUAAAUCGCCAGCUAGUGAGUGCUAGCCCAUUGUGAGAUUUUACCUUCCCUGAAACCUGAAGUGGAGUUGUCCUAGUGUUGGUGUUGAUGAACAUGAUGGCUUCUGGAGCACGAAGUUUUGUUGUGAACAGAGGAUCACACUCACUUUCCCAGUUUCUCCUUGACUGUUUCUGUUUCUGUCAUGAGGGGGAAAGUGACAGAUUUUUCAAAUCUGGGUUGAGCAGGCAACAUGAAGUAGAGGCAGACAACAAAGGAACAGUUUUCAAAACAUUUCUUUUAGAGCAUGAUUCUUUCCAUAACUUUGUUAUUUUAAGUUGUACCAACAAAUUACUUUAAAAACCAUUCAAGAAUAAAAGACACAAAACAUAGCAAGUGAGAAAAAAGAAAAAAAAGCACAGAAAGUGGUGCAGCCCAGGAGGCCUAUAUGUUGAAUGUCUUUCCCUAUAAGUGUGCUGAAAGUCUGUUGUCAAUUUGUUUACUGUAAAAUAUUAUUGUAUCUUGUCAAACACCAUUUUUUCCAAAGGUUUACUAAGGGUUAGUAACAGGCUGAUUGGUCGGCUAUUUGAGCCAGUAAAGGGGCUUUUACCAUUCUUAGGUAGGGGAAUUACUUUUGCUUCCCUCCAGUCCUGAAGGCACACACUUUCUAGUAGGCUUAAAUUGAAGAUAUGGCAAAUAGGAGUGGCAAUAUCGUCCGCUAUUAUCCUCAGUAAUUUUCCAUCCAAGUUGUCAGACCCCUGUGGCUUGUCAUUGUUGAUAGACAACAAUACUUUUUUCACCUCUUCCACACUCACUUUACGGAAUUCAAAAUUACAAUGCUUGUCUUUCAUAAUUUGGUCAGAUAUACUUGGAUGUGUAGUGUCAGCGUUUGUUGCUGGCAUGUCAUGCCUAAAUUUGCUAAUCUUGCCAAUGAAAAAAUCAUUAAAGUAGUUGGCAAUAUCAGUGGGUUUUGCGAUGAAUGAGCCAUCUGAUUCAAUGAAUGAUGGAGCGGAGUUUGCCUUUUUGCACAAAAUUUCAUUUAAGGUGCUCCAAAGCUUUUUACUAUCAUUCUUAUAUCAUAGUGUAUUUUCUUCUUCUUUUUAUUCAGUUUAGUCACAUGAUUUCUCAAUUUGCAGUACAUUUGCCAAUCGGUUGUGCAGCCAGACUUAUUUGCCAUUUAUUUUGCCUCAUCCCUCUCAACCAUACCAUUUUUUAAUUCCUCAUCAAUCCACGGGGAUUUAACAGUUUUUACAGUCAUUGUCUUAAUGGGUGCUUGCUUAUUAGUAACUGGGAUAAGCAAUUUCAUAAAUGUGUCAAGUGCAGCAUCUGGUUGGUUCUCAUUACACACCACGGACCAACACAUAUUCUUUACAUCAACAACAUAGGAAUCGCUACAAAACUUAUUGUAUGACCUCUUAUACACUAUAUUAGGCCCAGCCUUUGGAAUUUUGGUUUUCCUAGAUAUGGCUACUAUAUUGUGAUCACUACAUCCAAUGGAUUUGGAUACUGCUUUCAAGCUAAUUUCUGCAGCAUUAGUAAAGAUGUUGUUACGGAUACAGGUAUCCUGUAUGUGUUUUUGUGUUUUUCCUCUCCUUCUGCCCUAAUCACAGGUGUCCUUUGUGUUCCUGAUUGGAGGUCGUUGGGGUGUCCCACCUGUCAGUCAUCAGUUAAUCUGCUGAUUGCUGAGGUGGACCAAUCAGUGGACAGUUCUCCUGAUUGCACCACCUGUUUCUGUUUUCUUAUCCAAUCAGAUCGCACAUCCCCUUGUUUUAAAAGCUAGUCAGUUGUGUUUGCUGACAGAGACUCUUUUUGUUUGUGAGUAUGUAUACGGUGGUGUCUUGUUUUUGUGUACUCACUCGUUAACUGUUUAGUCCGUAUGGUACCUAUAUUGUUUGUUUGUGCCUGGGAAAAGGGGGAUUUAGCAAGUCGCCCUUGGGCAUACACUACCCGUAGGAAAACCUUGUCUAAACACACUAGUUAGACCUGAGCAGACCACCCACUGUAUUUUUGUAUGUAUUUACUUAGCAGUAAGCUUAGUAGUUCUUGAGGCAGGCAAGAUCAGUUUAGGGUUUUUUGACUUUAUUGUUUUAUUCCUUGGGUCCAGCUCAGCCCCUUUUCCCCAAACCAUUUACCGUGUGUUUUAUAAUAAACAUUUUGUGUUUGACGGUAGCGUUUGGUUAUCGGCGUAUUUUGUUCUCACUGUUCCUUGGCAAUAGCCUAAUUUGCAUGAGUUAUGUUACGGGCCUCUUUUCCAUCCACCCUAGACUUUUAAAGCCACGGGGUUCGUAACAGAUGUGAUCAAUACAUGUUCAUGAUUUCAUUCCUGUACUGUUUGUAACUACCCUGGUAGGUUGACUGUAACCUGAACCAGGUUGCAGGCACUGGUUACAGUUUGAAGCUUUCUCUUGAGUGGGCAGCCUGAUGAAAGCCAGUCAAUAUUUAAAUCACCCAGAAAAUAUACCUCUCUGUUGAUAUCACAUACAUUAUCAAGCAUUUCACACAUGUUAUCCAGAUACUGACUGUUAGCACUUGGUGGUCUAUAGCAGCUUCCCACCAGAGUGUGCUUUAGGUGAGGCAGAUUAACCUGUAGCCAUAUUACUUCAACAGUAUUUAACAUGAGAUCUUCUCUUAGCUUUAUUUUUUGUAGCUCUUAUAACCAUGUAUUGCUACCACUGUAUCAUCAAAGGUAUUAUCUAAGUGAGUUUCAGAGAUUGUCACAAUAUGAAUGUCAUCUGUUACUAGCAAAUUAUUGAUACCAUGAACCUUGUUUCUUAAGCUACAUGUUAACGUAGGCUAUUUUUAGAAUUUUUCUGGGAUGCUUGAUUGUUUUGUGGUCCUCUGUAGCUAGCUCAGCUGGUAGAGCACGGCGCUUGUAACGCCAAGGUAGUGGGUUCGAUCCCCGGGACCACCCAUACACAAAAAUGUAUGCACGCAUGACUGUAAGUCGCUUUGGAUAAAAGCGUCUGCUAAAUGGCAUAUUAUUAUUUUUUAUUUUUUUAUUGCUUUACUGGGAAGUUUAGUGGAGGUGCUCAGGUUAUUUAUGUUAGUGCAGGGUGAGCUGCACACAGUGGACUUCCUGCUAGGGCACACCACCUCAGUGCUAACAGUAUAACUCUGGUUCAUUUGCACAUGAUUGCUGCAUAUAAUAGCUGUAGGAUCAGCAGAGGCAUUCAGGGCAGUAAGAGGGACAUAAAGGUUACUUACGUUGUGUCUUCCAGCGCCCCUGGGAUAAUGUACAUUUGCUGAAGCAUUAUGACAACUCAGCGACACAAUGGUAGGGAUUAAAUGAGCAGGGCUUGGGUCAUUGAUAAGUCAUUGUCUCAAUGCAGAUAGUGUCUUGUGAUUUUGACCGGAGGAUAGAGUUAGGCCUAUUCACCGUUUUUUUUCCGGUCACGUGGCGGUUCUGUCUAAUCGAACAGAACCAUUGAAGGGAGUGACGACUAAAGCUGAGGGUUCACUGGAAGUGAUCAUGGCUGGCUGACAGGUAGAGCUGAUCUAUCAUCAUCAGGCUGAGAGUUGGAAGCAGAGAAAGAAUAUCAGUCUCGGCUGACUAAUAAAGUACUAUUCUAUUCUGCUCUCAUACUGAGGAUGGCAUUCACAGUCUGGGCUAACUAUAUGGACAUUUCUAUGCAGCAAAGAGAUUCGGUAGAUGAGCGUUAAAGAUAUCAUGUUUCCUAACUCUGAUCUUAUCAGACCAGCAUUGUAGAAGCAAUGAAUGUCAUCCCCUUAACUACCACGAAUUGUAUCAUAGAAAGCCAUGCUAGUUAAAUGUGAAAAUGUUAUGGAGGGUAUUUGCUCCAUUGUUUACGCUUUUGUUGUUGGCCCAAUCUUGAUCUGAUUCAUUCUGAUGGUGUGCACAUCUAACAGAGUAUGUAUUAAACAUAUCUGUUCUGGGUGUGAGAGUUCUGGGUCUGAAUUUCCAUGUUCUCCAGAGAGAAGGGAAUACAUUGUUGUGAUUUGUCCGAAAGUGUGUUCUGAUGGAUGCAGUGCAUGUGUGUGUGGUGUGUGUAGUGGAUUCAGCAUAAGCAGAGCAGGGUGGUGAAAUGUGAAAAGAGCAGAUGCUGUUAAGGAGAGAAAAAUGGUGCUGCUGUGAAGUCAUGCUGAAUCAAUCGAACAAUUACACACACACACAAAUGCGGAUGCAGGCUGAAUAAAUGAAUGAACAAAGGCAGAAGGCAUCACUGAGGAGAAAGAGGAAAAAAGAGAGGGAGGGGCAAAAAGAGAUAGAGGAAGGAAGGGAGAUAGAUAGAGAAGGCGGGUUUGAGUGGCACUAGCAGGUAGUUGGGGCAGUUAGGUUAAACAGAGUGAACAUCAACAGCACUCUUUAUUUUUAUCUCUUUAAUGAGCUGCCUGUAAGCCUAGCCUCUAUCCCAGUCCCCAGCCCUGCAUCUCUGUCCAAGCCCCAGUCCUCAGUCCACCCCUUACCUCAGCCUCGUACCCCAGCCCCAGCCCCUACUCUACCUCUGACUCCCUAGUCCCCCAGUAAUCCCUAGUCCCCCAGUAAUCCCUAGUCCCCCAGUAAUCCCUAGUCCCCCAGUACUCCCUAGUCCCCCAGUACUCCCUAGCCCCCAGACCUACUAACUCUGCGCUAAGAGCUGUACAGAGACUGUUGUGCAUCCAUCUAACUCUGCAAAUGUAGCAGAUGGGGAUUUGUGAAACUCACUCCUCAGCCUGAAGUGUCGUCCCUUGGGCGGUCGCAUGUGUCCUGUGUUGGAACGCUUCAGGAGGGCGGAACGCUUCAGGAGGGCGGUCGCGUGUGCCCUGUGUUGGAACGCUUCAGGAGGGCGAUUGCGUGUGUCCUGUGUUGGAACGCUUCAGGAGGGCGGUUGCGUGUGCCCUGUGUUGGAACGCUUCAGGAGGGCGGUUGCGUGUGUCCUGUGUUGGAACGCUUCAGGAGGGCGGUUGCGUGUGUCCUGUGUUGGAACGCUUCAGGAGGGCGGAACGCUUCAGGAGGGCGGUUGCGUGUGUCCUGUGUUGGAACGCUUCAGGAGGGCGGUUGCGUGUGUCCUGUGUUGGAACGCUUCAGGAGGGCGGUUGCGUGUGUCCUGUGUUGGAACGCUUCAGGAGGGCGGUUGCGUGUGCCCUGAAUUCGAGUCUCUGUAUGAGCUGAAUCAGGAGGAAGUGGCACUUGCUAAGCAAGCAGCUUGACAUCCUUUACAACAACUCUGUAGUCUGUACUGCUCAUUAGGUGUUUCUAUCAAAGCUUUUCUCUGUGGUGUUUCUUUUAAUGAGGAAGUUAGUUCAGAUCAGUGUUUUCUGCUAGUUUUCUCUAGCUGCUGUUCUAUCACGGCCCGGUCAUACCACUUCAAAGUUGGGUUUGAAAAUGGUGCUCAUUUCAAUAAAACUGUUUGGGAUAACAGUUUUUUUUUUUUUUUUUUUUAGAGGAGUAUAGUAUACUCAAGAAGUAGAAAACGAGAAGUACCAAUUUUCUGUAUCGGUCAGCAUCAGUCCACUUCGACCACUGAUCUGACUCCUGCUGUUGUGAUUGGUGUGUUAGAAAGCUGUGUUUCUUUUGUUGAGUGAGCAUCUUGACUCAUUGAGGUGUAUCCUGUGGAACGUGACAGAUAGACAGUUGAGUUCUGUUAAGACGUUGAUCUGACACUAUUCUGUAUGAGUGUUAAUAAAUGUUGAUCCAUCCUGGUGUGUCCCAGUGUGAUCCCUACAGCUGAUUAUCAAUUAGACACUAGUUUAUCUGACUGGUUUGAAUGACAACAGAUAACCUGACCGACACUAGGAUUAUCUACCUUAGAUUAUCACACUCUGAAUAUCUAUCUACCUUAUAUACUGAACAAAAAUAUAAACGGAACAUGUAAAAUGUUGGUCCCGUGUUUCAUGAGCUGCAAUAAAAAAUCCCAGAAAUCUUCCAUACGCUAAAAAGCUUAUUUCUCUCAGAUUUUAUGUGUGUGUGUAUUUGAGCAGAAGUAUCUAUGUCAGUUUCUCUUACAUAACUCUGCCUCUGUUACCCUCUCUCUCUCUUUCUCUCUCCCCACUGGGCACACACUGGUUGAAUCAGCGUUGUUUCCACAUCAUUUGAAGGAAAUGACGUUGAACCAAUGUGGAAUAGACGUUGAAUUGACUUCUUUGCUCAGUGGGGCUUUCUCUCUCUCUCCCUCUUCAUUCUCUCUCUCUCUCCCUUCUUCCUCUCCUUCCCUUUCUUCCACUCUUCCUCUUCCUCUCCUUCCCUCCCCUCUGUCUCGCUCCCUUCCUCCUCUCCUCCUAACUCUUCUUCUUCUUCUGCUUUCUCUCUCCCCCUCUAGACAACUCCAGGCAGUAAGGCUGCAGGGGGCAGUCUAGUCCAGGGUGACAUCAUCACAUCAAUAGACGGCCUUAGUACGGAAGGCAUGACACACCUGGAGGCACAGAACAAGAUUAAGAUGGCCUCCAAUAAACUGGCCCUCACCAUGCAGAAGUAAACAUACACACACACACAGGCACGCACGCACACAUACACAUGGGCGCGCACGCAUGCACGUAUAGACGCACACACUUACACACACACAUACACAGACACACACACACACACACACACACUCUUAAAAUACUUAGAAGAUAACAUGCAAAACUACAUAACACAUGUAAAACUACUUACACAUGUAAAAGUCUGUUGUUGUUGCUCUGCACCCAGGUCGAAACGUCCUGCCCCUGUUCCCAUGGCAACACCCAGAAUGGACUCCCCCAUGUCAGUUAUUCCUCACCAGAAGGUAAAAAGUUUCGGCAUUUGUGUGUCUGUGCGUGUGUGCACGUGUGGGAUCAAGUGAAGACUCGAAGGCUGUGUGUUGGCGCCCUCUAGUGUUUCUAUUUCAGCUGCAGCUUCCAUAUUAAAGAGCAGAGGAUCAAGCUCUGGCCAAAUCAAUGACCAUAUAUAAAUGGACAAAGCCAUCGAUCAUGUGACACCAUUCAUUCCUAUGUGAAGACUGAAAAGCGCAUUGAAGCCAAAUAAAAUUGGUUAAGAUGCCGUCUCAUGGAGACAUAACAUGAGCAGUUUGAGUUACUCCAGGAAGUGACGUCGCACGCUAGCUCAAAGCUACUCCCUCUCAUUGAGUAACUCAAGUUGAAGGCCAACUGGGGUACUGCAGGCCUCCAUUAGCAACUCAAUUAUCCUAAUGACUUCUUCUGUGUGUUAUUUAAAACCCCUAGAGUCGAUAUCUGCGCCCCCGCAGAAAUCGAAUUAGUAUAAUAAAAAAAUCCCCAUCAAAAUCCACCUGUUUAAGCUAGAGAUAUAUAUUUUUGCUUGGGCUGCAUCUCAAUCCACCGCAUCCGCCGAUGUCAGGCUUCCACAUCUGGGGUGAAAGGUGGUAGAGCUACUAGAUCAGGAGACAUCCCGAAAUCGAUCUUCUGACGAGCCUAUGGUGUCCGAAUGCCACAAGCUUCCGGGGACUCGUCUGAAGUCAGUACCGCCAAUGUGUCAACUUCUGUCUGAAGGUAACUCGUCUGAAGGUAACCCGGUACCAGUUUAAAAAUGAUUGGAAGUACAUAUGGAAGUACUUUAGUGCAAGAAAAUGCUUAAAUAUGGGUAAAAAAAAAAGAAACAUUAUUUCCUGAGCUUUCUUAUAUCUCUCAGAUAUAGGAUAGACACUUCAAAACAGACUUCCUUUUUAUAAAUGUUAUGACUAUCUGUUUGCCAUGUAUGAAUAUGUUAUUCAAUGUGUUUCUAUUGGCUAAUUGCAGUAAAUUAAAUUCCAUGUUUUAUCAAAUAUUUUUUUUACAUAUAUAUAUUUUUUGAUACCUACAGGGGUAAUAAAAUUCAAAAUCAAAUAGCUAAAUGAUCCUUGUUAUUACCAUCUUAAAACAAUUCCAUAUGUUAGCUUAGUAGAAACCCAGCCCCGGGCCCUUGGACCUUAGGGAAUUAGUUCAAGGACAUACAUCUGGUGUAUUAGAAGCGUUUAUUGGUACCAUGAUUCGAUUUACACAAAGAUUGCCAUUUUUCCAUUCACUAUAAUGGGGAUCCUGUUUUCUGCUAACAAUGCCUGCAGUACCGCGGUCAGCCUUGAACUUCCACGGCUUCAAUGAUAGGGGGCAGUCGUUCUCCCCUGGGCCAAAUAGUGAAGAGGAUACACCACCCCUAUCUAUCUAUCUUUUUCCUCAUUCCUCAUCAAUCCUCUUUAUUUAUUCUUUCUCUCCUUUUCUCCCCCAUCUCUAUGUUUUUCUGAGUCCCUCACUCUACCUCUCUUGUCACUAAGGAGGGUGAUCAUGUUAAAAAAGAAGUAGAAGAAAAAGACGAGGUGGAGGUGAAGAAGUUUGGGAGACUAUUGUCUAAAAAGCCUGUUGAGCCGACCCCUGCCCCCCGUACACCCUCUCCUCUCCUUCCCCCCUCCUCUGCCGCUGCAGUGUCUCUCUCGAACCAGAAGGGACAGUAUAACUCCCCCAUCAGCCUGUACUCUGCACACACUCUUAGAGAGAUGGCCCUGCUGCAAGGCAAGGUUGCAGGAGAUGGGGCAGGGGCCGCCAGGCUGGGAGGAGAGGGGGCGGACAGCGGAGUGCCAUUCCUAGGGUAGGUAGCCUGGGGGCAUAUCUGAAAUGGCACCCUGUUCCCUGUAUAGUGCACUGAUUUUGGCCACGUGUUCCCUUUAUAGUGCACUUCUGUUGACCAGAGCCUCACUGAGUUCCCAACAAAACAUCCACACUAACUAGGAAACAAAACACUCCCUCCUCUCCCAACCACUGGACCUACUGGAACUAAGGCCUUGUUGUACUACCCCAAUUUUUUAUUUUCCUCCUCACUCUCUUCCUGCCCCAUCCCCUCCCCUGGCUAUCUCCAUUCUAGGACAACUUAGGGUAUGAGCCGUGGGGGGUGUAUCAUACAUCCCUGCCCCCAAGUGUGCACGUUAAACAGGACGGUGAUCAAGAAUACUCAGAACAUUCCGUGAUUAUCCUGGAACACAUUCCCCUGGCUCACAUGCGCACUCGUCGCCCUAGGUGGUAACGUGCGCGCUCUGACACACACCUGGACUGUCUCCAGGUAAUACUGCACCACACUCUGUGGCUGUGUACAUGACGACUACAGUCAUUCCGCUGACGACAGGUGCUUUAGCUGUUAGGAGUUGAUUGCCUUUGAGGGAGCAUCCCUGUCACUUCAUCAGUUAUUUGCUAAACUCAGCUGGGCUGGGGGGUGAAGUUAGGUAGAUAUGCUGAUCAGAAUACGGUAAACGUGUCCAGUAAACGUGACCUUAGUCUCACGCAGUACCCUGGUUCAGUACAGGCGACCCUCUUUUUGUGAGCUCACACACAAACACGUGAACAGCUGCUCCUCGCCGCGCUGGUAUGUUCCACUCGGGUUACAGUGGAUCCCAAACCCCCCUCUCAUACAGUAUCACACAUACACAUACACAGUGUCCCGGAAUAGAUCCAUCUCUAUAUUCAGCACAUAACCCAUAAGCUCCAACAAUUUGUGGAGUGUGUGUAUCUCGGGGGUUUGGGCUGAAAGUAAAAAGACACAUUUCUGGUCUCUCCAAGAAAAUAGACAAAGUAUUCUUAUUUUUCUUCUUCUGUCUGAGUGUGUGUGUGCGUACGCUUGUGCAUGUCUGUGAGUGUCUGUGUACGUGUGUGUGUGUCAUGUGAUUGUUGAGCUCCUGCUCCUGUCAGUUAGUCUGCUGGGUCGCAGGGAAUCCUGGUAAAUAUCACAGUUGAUGACACACAACUGCCAUUAUAACACACAGAAUGACUCUAUAACUAUUACCUUACUAUCACUCUGGUAAUACCUUACCUUAUCUCUCUCUCUCUCUCUCUCUCUCUCUCUCUCUCUCUCUCUCUCGCUCUCUCUCUCUCUCUCUCUCUCUCUCUCAUAUUGUUACAGAUUAUUGCAAACACGGCUGGAAAGUCAGUACCAUCUGAAUGUACAGAAUUUGCAUGAACAAAGUUUAAGAGUUUAUAUGUGUGCAUGCUUAGCUGCGUGUAUUUUGUGAAUGGCAUCUUGCCCAUAGUGUGAGCAUUGAUCCAUUCUCUGGUGAUGAUGGAGUGUCUAUUCUGAGCAUCUUUGUCAGAAUCAUCCUGCCAGUGUACUGUGUCCAUGUGGCAGACUUAAUCAAUCAAUGUACAUGCACAAACAUAGACAUUGAAACAAACAAUUCUAAAAUCAACCUGCAAUAGAGCAUGCUGGGAAAUAGGAUAAUGAAGGGUGUGGUCUUAGUUCAGGCCCCUGUAUUAGGGUAAAACUAGGCCCUCAAAAUAAGGCCUUAUGAAAUACGUAUGGUAUUGCGUUCAAUAGAUACAAAAAUAUGAUAACAUAAUCGCAAAAACUGAUGAAUGCAACAACCAUGUCUCUGUCACUAACAAAUACAGUUAUAGGUGGUAACUCUACAAUUUCCUCAAAAGGCACUCUGGGAAAUAUUUGAAAAAGGCUUUACACUAAGCAGUGUGUUAAUUUAACACUGUUCCAGUGUGUACAUGGGUCCACAGACUCCACACUUUCAGUGUUGAUUUAACAUUCUCUGUGUAAAUUGUUUUUAUUUAACAAUGGAUCAUUUUUAUUUAACACAUGCGUUCACAGUAUAUUCCGUAUGGUACUGCACAUAUAUGUGUGUGUGUUGACGUGUGCAUGUGCGCAUUGGUACUAUAUGUGUGUUAAUAAGGCAUCAUAACUAACUAGGAAUUUACAGUGUGUAAAGUGGAGCGUGUGUUUGUGUCUUACAGCCUGUUUAGUACUGGCUUGAUUUGGUUUUCCUUGCUCGUCUGUAUUUCUUGAUCACUUUGUGAUUAUGUGUAUUUUCUUGAAGUCAUGGCUUAUGCUCAAUUGACUAGUCCUGAGGUGACACUAUAGACAAUGUAUUUCAAAUCAAAUAAAUAAUAAAGUGAAGUCACCUCAAUCUGCUUCCAUAAUAGAGAGAGACUAGGUACAAUGUAAUCAUUCAUAGUGUGAGAGUGAUGAGAGAGACAAACAGGUACUAUACAAUCAGAUAUAGUGGACAAGAGAGACAGACAGGUCGUGGUAGUGUAUUAAAGAGACAGAUAGGUACAAUGUAAUCAGUGGUAAUGUAAAUGUACUAGAGUGAGACAGACAGGGAGUAAGCUAUAUGAUCAUUAGUUGCGUUUAUCAUAUGUGUGUAUAUACCUUGUAGUGCUGUGCAGUGUGCGAGUCCACAGAUGGAGGAAGGUAAGUGAAACUCUUAGCCCUACUCCUGUUGCACCUCUCACCAUCCCUCCACCUUUUUUUCUCUCUUUCUUUUUUCCCUCUCUCCCCUCUCUCCGCCCGGUCGUCUGAUUCCCUUACAACCUGUGAACCCAAAUAUGGAUCCCUAUUGCCACCUGCCCCCUUCAUCCCACAAAACCCUCCCAACCCUCCCAAAAUGACCCUUUAUCCCUGACCCUUGACCCUUUACCCCGACCAUAUCCCUCUCCAGUCAGGAGUAUGUGCCCAGCUUUAACCCCAUAGCUCUGAAGGACUCAGCUCUGUCUACCCAUAAGCCCAUCGAGGUACGCGGCCCGGGAGGCAAGGCCACCAUCGUUCACGCUCAGUACAACACCCCCAUAUCCAUGUACUCACAGGACGCCAUCAUGGACGCUAUUGCUGGACAGUCACAGUCCAAGGGCCAUGAGGGGUAGGAGAGCACACACACAAUGCAAAGAAUACAUUUUGUGUUAAGAGGCAGAUACUCUGUCUGGGUCCUGCUGUAUUUCUCCACUCCCACUUGUCGUCUGUGUCAAUCCCAUCUUUCUUUCUUUCUUUCUUUCUUUCUUUCUUUCUUUCUUUCUUUCUUUCUUUCUUUCUUUCUUUCUUUCUUUCUUUCUUUCUUUCUUUCUUUCUUUCUUUCUUUUCUUUCUUUCUUCCGUCACUUCAUCCACAACCCACCAACCAAUCAACUACCCUGUGUUGUGUCAUCCACCCCCAAACCCCCACCCCGCCCCCUUCUGAUCAUCUGACCUCAGUGAGGAUGUACCUGCUGGCUCCCCCCUGGCGUAAGUAUCACCCCCGACUCACCCUUUACUCACCGCCUACUCAAUCUCCUCUCAUAAAUGAUAUGUAAUAAACAUGUAAUAAACUAAUAUCGGGCUCAUGUUUGGCUUAUAUACUGUAAGUCUAAUAAACAGUAUCAAACUCACAUCUGUCUCAUAUGAUAUCAUCACAUGAUACAUUUGCAUAUAUCAUAUGGCUCUCGUGUUUUUCACAUGGUUCUAUCCUUGUGUCUAGCUAUUUCUCUCUCUGUGUGUCUGUCUCAUUGUCUGUGUGUCCAGUUUCUUGCAUUCAGAGGUGAACUACGAUGUUUCAGGGGUUAACUAAGCUGUUUCAGAAUGUAUUCAGGGGUUAACUCUGGUCUGAUGACAUAAAAGGGAAUUUUCUGAGUAUCACUGGUCUCCCCCUCCUGUUCUAACCCCCCAAACACUAGAUGAGGCUCCUAGCAUAACGAAACAGAUUAGAUCAACUGGAAUGACACUCUCACUCACGUUUGCACAAAGAGCUUUGAGCAAACCACGCCCCAAAAUAUUCAUUUUAAUGAUCACUAAAAGAAAUAACACUUUUUUGAACUGCAAAGAACCAUUGAAGAGCUCAAAGGGUGCUUUGGGUCAGUAUGGUUCCACAUAGAACCCUACUUUUUGUGUGUGUAACCCAUCCAACCACCCUCCCGGAGAGGCCUACACUCUUAGAAAAAAAGGUGCUAUCUAUAACCGGAAAGGGUUCUUCGGCUGUUCCCAUAGGAUAACGCUUUGAAGAACCCUUUUGGGUUCCAGGUAGAACCCUAUUGGGUUCCAGGUAGAACCCUUUUCCCACUUUGUUAGAUCAUAUUUAUUAAAUGGGCCCCAAUACGAUAUCCUUCUUUUAUCCCCUACGGUCUGUGUUCCAUUGACCUCUUUACCGCAUCUAUGGACUAGUUACUGACAUCAUGUCCCCUGCCUGCAGUGGUUCCCUGCCUAUGAAGGACCCGGUGGUUGACAGUGCGUCUCCAGUCUACCAGGCUGUGAUCCAGCCACAUGACAGAGACGAGGAGAUGGCCGAGUGGGCCAGACGGGCUGCCAACCUGCAAUCCAAGAGCUUCAAGAUGCUGGCCCACCUCACCGGCACCGAAUACAGUCAGUACACCUUUACUCAACGACUUCUUUCUCCCUGUCUUGUUCUGUCUAGCUCUUAUUCUCUCUCUACUCUCUCCAUCCCUCUUCAUCUCCUGUCUUCUCUGUCUCUGUACUUCAGAGAUUUCUUCUCUUCAUGUUUUAUGUAUCCUCACCUCUCUUCUCCCUCUCUUCUCUUUCCCCCCCUUCUCUGUCCUCAGUGCAAGACCCAGAUGAAGAGGCCCUGCAGAGGUCGAGGUGAGGCGCACACACACACACACACACACGCAAACACACACACAAACACACAUAUGUUACCCUCCGUCUCUCUCUCUCUCUGUCUUUCUCCCAGGGAUAAGUUUGAGUCGGAGGUGAAAGGACCUCGCUUCCGCAAGCUGAAGAACUGGCACAACGGGCUCUCAGCUCAGAUCCUCAAUGUCCCUGAGACACCCUUCUAA